AUGGCGGAGAAGAGCAAAGUCCUGGUGAUCGGAGUCACCGGACUCAUCGGAAAGUUCGUCGUGGAAGCGAGUGCUAAAUCCGGCCACCCCACCUUCGCUUUCGUGGAACCGCUGUCCACUCCGGCCGACGCUGCCAAGGCCAACUUCGUCCAAGGUUUCAGGAGAUUAGGCGUCUACGUAGUUCUGAGAUUCUUGCCUUCAGUGUUUGGAAGUGAUGUGGAUCGUGCCCAUGCUGUGGAGCCAGCAAGAACUUUUUAUGCUGCUUACUAUACCGACAUCCACCGCCUUCUUGAGGAAGAGGGAAUCCCGUAUACCUAUGUGUGUUGUAACUUUCUUGUAGGUUGGCACCGUUCAACAUUGGUGCAGCCCAGGACUAGAGCUGCCUCUAGAGAGAGAAUUGUCAUCUUAGGGGAUGGUAAUGCGAAAGUGGUGUUUAACAGGGAGGAUGAUAUCGGCACCUAUACCAUCAAAGCUGUGGAUGAUCCUAGGACCUUGAACAAAAUUUUGUACAUCAGACCUCCUGGCAGCACCUACUCGAUGAAUGAUCUCGUGUCUUUGUGGGAGAGAAAGACCGGCAAGACCCUGGAGAGGGUUUAUGUUCCAGAGGAGCAAGUUCUGAAGAAAAUUCGAGAUGUGAAAUCUCCAGACGAUCUGGUGUGGGCCAUAUCCCAUUCUGUUUUCGUGAAAGGAGACCAAACUAACGUCGAGAUUGAGCCGUCGUACGGAGUGGAAGCUUCGGAGCUCUACCCUGAUGUUAAAUAUAGCAGCAUGGAUGAGUACCUUAAUCAGUUUGUCUGA